GUGGAGUGUUAUAUCUAUGGCGUGAUUUUAGAAAAGCACGUGACUAUCGUUGAAUCAGCUGUAACACAUCUGAGCAAUGGUUCGGUUGUUGCACAUGAUAUUUAACAAAUAAUAACAAAUUAAAAUCCGGAUUUCCGGAUAGGUAUAGCAUUCGUCAGAACAAGACAUUUUGAUAUAUUAUUUUAACGGUUUUUGUUAUGGCGAUAGUGUGUGACAGCAAAAUUCAUAUGAAAAACAUGUCAGAAAUUGGUAAUUUCCAAUUGCCUGUAGAUGUAAUUAUACACGUAUUAUCAUAUCUGUCUACAUCUGACAGGUUGGCAGCAGGAUUAAUUAAUAAAACAUGGCAUGAAGCCUCUCUUGCUAUGAAGUUUGCGGAUCAAAUAGAAUUGGUACUUGGUCGACCACGUGCAGACAAUUUGAAUGAAGUGAUAGAAUUGUUACAGCAUUCUACAAGACCAUUUUAUCACUUUGUUUUUAGAGAAGUAGAAUUAAAGAGGAAUAUGCCAGUUUGGGAUCAAUAUGGACCUCACAUGAAAAGUUUAGCAUUGUUGUGUUGUGAUUUAAGUGAAAAAACAUUAGUAGAAAUUUUUAAAUGCUGUAAAUCUUUAAAAGUAUUGCGUGUUAAUGCUUGCAGAGAGUGCCUAAUGUCUGGCAGACUUCUAGAAGAUCAAAAUGAUAUAAAAGAGCUUUCAGAAACGUUUAAAAAUGUUCAUGAAUUGGACCUUGGAUAUAAUCGUUUCUUAAGCGAUGCACUUUUUAACAGAUUAAUUGCCACAUGCCCAAACUUGGAAUCUCUAAGUCUCAUGGGUUGUCAAAUAUCCUUUCAUUAUGGACUAUACAAGAAAUUUUAUCCACAAGUAUAUGACUUUUCAGAUGCUUCAAAAUCAGUACUGACUUUCUUGAAUACAUUACAGUAUCUCAGACAACAAGCACAUAAUCUGAAGCACUUGAACUUUAGUUAUACUUUAAUCGAUGGAACUGCUUUAGCUACUCUAUCAGCUUUACAAGAUCUGAGAUUGGAAUCUUUGAUAUUACAAGGAUGUUAUCAGUUAACUAUAGAAGGCAUCAAAGGUCUGACAGAUUAUCAAACUUGUUUGAAAGUCCUUGAUAUUAGUUUUUGCGUGCGUAUUACAGACGCCAGUUUAUUCUGCAUUUGUAAAAAUUUGACAAAGUUGGAGAUACUUAGAAUAAAACAAUGUCGUGCAAUAACCGAUAUUGGUAUAAAGUAUAUUCAGUUAUUAAAACAUUUAAAAGAACUCGACAUUUCAAAAGAUGAACGACUUACUGGUGAUUCUAUUACUCAUGGUCUUUGCUCUAGUUAUAAUAUAAUAGAUGAUAACAUAGAGCAAAAUAUUGAUGAAAAUAUCAGUUUUACUUCUUCACAAAAGAAUUAUGUCACAGAAGAAAGGAUAAGAAAAGAAAACAUGCGAAUAUUAUCAGCAAAUGCAUUGAAUCUUCAUGAAGAAUCAGUUGAAUGUAUAUCUAAAUCUUUCCCAAAUUUAAAGCAGCUUGAGCUUAGUUACUGUUUUAAUGGCGUUACCGAUAAAACAAUACAGAUGAUAUUCAAGGAGCUUGUACAUUUGAAAACAUUAAAAAUAAGCCAUUGUGAUGAGGUCAGUGAUGCUGGCUUAACGGGUAUGGGUACUGGUAACCAUGAGCAUGUCGAAAAAAUACAAGUUGUACAUGAACCAGAAUUUACAGAAUCCAGAUUAAGAAUCAGUUUACGCUCAAAGGCCGAAGAAGAAAUAGUACGCGACGCUGAUCGAAAACGAGAAAUAAUGCAACUUUGCGAAAACGUAUCAAAGCCUUUAAAUUCGUUUUCCGGAUAUUCUUUAAUCAGGCUUAAAUGUCUCCAAGAACUUGAUCUUUCUGGAUGUAAUAAAAUUACUGAUGUCAGUUUAAAACAUGCAUUCGCCUUUCCAGAGUUAAAAGUCUUAAAUUUAAGUCAGUGCCAACAGAUUACACAUAUCGGAUUGGAUUAUUUAUCAAAAAAUAAUCCAGCAAUCGAAUAUUUAAAUUUAAACCGCUGUUAUAAUAUAUCUGAUAUCGGCGUAUCUUAUCUUGCACAAAGAUUGCAUAGAUUGAAACGACUUUUCAUACAGGGAUGUUCACAACUCACAGAUCACACUCUCGAUUCUAUUAAAUUGUACUGUAAAAGUCUAUAUUAUUUGGAUACACGUUAUUGUCGCGGAAUGACAGUAGCAGGUAUUGAAAGUUUAAGACAUUUAUACAUCGAUUGGCACAAGCAAACAGAUACUUCUGCAGAAAGUGAAAUAUUACCACCACCUGCUCCGCCUUUACCGUCGUUACCAUCUUUGCCAUAGAGACGGCUUCAAUAUUUCCUUUCGCAUUUUAAGAAUAGGAUAAGGGAAAACUAAAGUAUUAUUUUAAAAGUUAAAAAUAGAUAUAUUACGAUAAAAAGAUUUAACUUAACAAAAAAUUUUCCAGACAAACGUUUAUAAGAUUAUAUCGAGGUUUGUAAAAUAUUUUAAAAUGUUUGCGUAGUAACUUUUAAUUCUGUGUGUAUAAUAAUGCGAAGAACAAGAAAUUGCAGUAUAUCAAAUAUUUGACAACGAUUUGAAAAAUAUAAAAUGUAAGAUAAACGAAUAUUUAUAAUACUUAUAAAAUAUUGAGUGAUAAUGCGAUAUUAAUUAAGUGCAAUAAAUCAGCUAUAAUAUAUAAUUUAAAGAAUAUAAUUUUUCAUUAAUUGGUAAAUAAUUAAACAGAAAACAAUAUUAUUAAUAAGUAAACAGUAAACGAGUGAUUAAUUUAUGAUUUUGUAACGAAUUUUAUUCUGUUUUGUGAUAUAAUGUAACUGAUAUUAUAAUUAAACUUAUUAAUUAUUAUAGAAAUAAUACAAAUAAUAAUUAUGUACAAAAUUUUAUACACGUUUUAAGGAUUCAUCGCUUUUUCUGAUGCUCAUAAUUCGAAAUUUCUGAUAUUCGUUGUACUUUAAAAACUUAAAAAUGUUUGUAUAUUAAAACAAAAAAUUUAUUAAAAAUUCUUUUUUGAAUAGAUAAUUGUAACUGAAAAUGAUGAAAGUAUUUUUAAACAAAUUUUUGUACAUAGAAUAACUUGCAACUAAACUAUAUUAACAAAACUAUAUUAAUACUAAAAUUUGAA